UUCUCUGCCUGUGAACCCUAUCUUGCCAUGUGAACCAGGAAUGCUCCUCUUCUCACUAAAGAGGUAAAGGUGGAGAAGCGUUGGAAGUGGUCAGAGGUAAGUAUUAUUUCUCCCAGGUAAGUAGCACAGGUUUGUACUUGUGGUCGGAUAUUCAUGUUUGUCACCAGGUAUGUUUUGACUGUAUAUUGUGUUGCUUUAUAUUGUUAAAGCCAAUUGUCGAUGCCCUUUUUGUAAUCCCAUUUUGGAGAGAAGCUUGAGCAGGCUGUUCUGAUUAAUAACGAGGUCCUACUUAUUCGUGUUUGUCACCAGAGAGAAUAAACGGAUAUCAUCAUAAAGAGAUCCUGUGUCAUAGUGUGGUUAAUAAAAUAAACACAGAACGCAGAAGUCCACCGGUUAAACACACAUUGUUAAUUACAUCAAGACACUGUCAUACACCACUGACCAUGACUUUCACACCCUGUUAUAUAAAUAUAAUUAUAUCAAGUCUCUACCUGCAUCAUUGCAUGAACUGUCAAUCAUGGUUAAGACCACUCCCCUUUCUAAGGUAUAUAAGGGCCUAUGACUCUCUUUUCCCUCCAAACCACACCAGGCAGAACAAAGAUUAUUGACGUGAGUAUAAUGGACGUUUUCACAUUGUAUUGUCAUCAUUAUUACUGACUGUUUUGCUUGAAAGUUUGAUAUAUUUUGUUUUUGCUAGAUUGCAGAGUUUAUUCCUGUUGAGUAAAGAUACAAUUAAGAACAGAUUGUGGAUGCAUUAAUGAUGUAAAUCAGGUUAAGUUUAACCUAAUUUGUUAUUAUUGAGUGUUUAAUAUUCAGAUCUGUGUCAUUUUCUUUCAGUGACAGUCAUCAGCUUGUUCUUCUCCUCUGUGUCAGCCAAUCACCACCUCAGCAAAGAUGACAUCAGUCUUUCCAUUAGCUUUGUUGCUCUGUUUGUCCAGCGGACUGUUGACUGCAUAUGGUGCAGCUCCCUGCCCUCCUGGUUGGACUCAGUUAGGCUCUCGCUGUUUUGCUUUCUACAUCCAGACAAAGACCUGGUCUGAUGCAGAGACUGUCUGCCAGGCCGCUGGUGGGAAUCUGGCUUCCAUCCACUCAGAUGCGGAACAUAAAUUCCUCAAAGACUUCAUUAUCCAAGUGAGCGGUACACAGAAAACUUCCUGGAUCGGAGGCACUGACGCAGUGAAGGAGGGUACGUGGAUGUGGAGUGAUGGAUCCAAAUUCGACUACAAAAGCUGGAAUGCGGGGGAGCCUAACAACCUCGGAGGGGAGAACUGUCUUACGAUGAACUGGCCUGGAGCAAAUAACUGGAACGACUGGGCUUGUACCAACCAGGCUUCUUUCGUCUGCUCCAAGAACCUGUGUGUGUAACUCUACCACACCAUCAUGAUGCCUCUCCAGCUCAUCUAUAAUCUCUAUCAUUGAUUCACUUUCAGUUGGUUCAGCAGACAGAAACAGCUCUCUGCUGACAGAUGACUCACUUUCACUUGUUUAUUAUCUGAAGAGUUAGGGAACAGUUCACAUUUGGGUUUAAAAUUAGACAGACACUGGCUCACUGAGCUGGACAAAAACUAAUCAUUAUUUGGACUUUUAAUCUACAGUAAAUAACACAAAAUGAAAUACAGAAAUUAUUUGCAUACUCACACAUCUUUUCCAUUUUAGUUUACUGAAUAUUAUCUGUUAUAAACAGCGCCCACUCAUCUGAUAAAAUAUUAACACACUAAUUAGAUUUCUAUCUGAGAGUUAUUGUUCAGAUCAAUACAACUCUCAUGUGUGAACGCUAAAUAUGAAGUUCCCUCAAGCAGGCGUUAGCCUAGCUUAGCAUAAAGACUGGAAACAGCUAGCCUGACUCCGUCCAAAGGUAAACCUACCCGACAUGAGUGGUAAUGAACUUUUUAUCCAAAAUGUCCAGAUAGAAAAUAAAAGUGUAUAUUUUGUCGGACCUUUCUGUGAUACAAGAGGAGAAUGCAACUGUAAUAACACUUCAUAAUAAUUAUUAAUAAUUCAUAUAGUCCACUGGUUUAAUGAACUGGUUCCUUUUUAUUCUUAAAACUGAUGUGUUGUGUUCUUUAUUCAUCUGAUUUCCUUUACUAUAUAAUCAACU